AUGCCACUUGCUGACAUUGAUAAAGAUGAGCUCAUGCAAAUGACGAUGAUGAAGGAUGCCUGCGUUGGCAUUGAAAUGAAAAAUAGAAUGGAAAUAGAAAUAAAGCUAAAUUAUGUUUUUUUGAUUUUAACUAUAACUAGUUUACAAAGUAAACUCACUUUGCAGGCUUCGUUACCGUCAGAUAAGCACUAUAUUGCAGGCGUUGUGGAAUUUAGGCCAGCAUCAUACCAAGCGGAUACUACAUUACCCAAAAUAGAGGAGAAUCUCAACAGUUAUAUCAGCAUAGUCUCUUCGGAUGCUGCAGUUUCCACAGAUAUAAUUAUUUUUCCGGAAAGUACGCUUAAUAGCGAUGAUGAAGCAAUUUUUAUUCCCGACCCCUCAUUAGAGGCAAAUGCACUUUGUGAUCUAUUACAACCAAAUAUUUAUCACACUUUGUUGGUGCAAUUGUCGUGUGCAGCUAAGAAAUAUCAAAAAUAUUUACUAAUUAAUUUGACGGAAAAAGAGAACUGUACAACUGUACCGGAAGAUACACGCCCCUGUAGCAGUAAUGGUAUAAAUAUAUUUAAUACAAAUGUUGUGUUUGAUCGUAGUGGAGUGAUCAUAUCGCGCUAUCGUAAAGUACAUCUCUAUGGAGAAAAAAAGAAUACGACUUUUAUACCAGAAUAUGGAGUUUUUGAUACAGACUUUGGUGUACGUUUCGGACACUUCAUAUGCUUUGAUAUAUUAUUUUACUCACCAGCACAGGAAUUGGUUGAUAAAUAUGAUGUAACGGACUUCAUUUUUUCUACCAUGUGGUUCUCACAGCUACCAUUUUUGACCGCUGUGCAAAUACAAUCCGCUUGGUCCUAUGGCAACAAUGUUAACCUAUUGGCAGCCGGCGCUAGCUAUCCACCGGUGGGCACAACUGGUACUGGCAUCUAUGCCGGACGACAAGGUGCUUUGGUGGCGAAAAUGAGUACUGGUUUUGGUGAACGAACUUUAUAUGUCGCAAAUAUAACCAAAAAGGAUUUCUCACGAAGACUACAUAAACGUGAAACUGUGCCAAAACUACUGAACAAUCCGGUUAAUAACAAUCGCUUAAACCAAAAUGAUAUAUUUCUCAAACGCGAUUAUUUGGACGCAUAUGAAAGUGUGAUAUUGGAUCUUAGUCAGGAUAUUUACGCUAAUCGUAUACUAUGUUAUAACGAAACAUUUUGCUGUAAUUUUGAUUUGAGCUGGAAGAAGUUGAACUCCACUGCUAAUUCUACAUACUAUACAUAUCGUUUGGGUGUUUUCGAUGGUCUACGCAAUCCAGUUGCUGCGGAGUUAAAUAAUAUGAAAAAUUGUGCAUUAUUUUCUUGCAUAGGUGAAGAUAUAGCUGACUGUGGUAAGAUCUUUCCAGCUGAUGUUGAAAACAUUGAACCACAAUAUGCUUUCGAACGCAUUGUGAUUGAGGCAAAAUUUCCUACAUCUGAAAAACUCUUGAUAAUGCCAAAUAGUUUGAAAGAGGAUUUAUUACCUGUACCUGUCAACAACUUUGUGUGGAAUCACGGAAGCGAUAAUGAAUUGCACUAUAUACGAUUAAUGCUCAACACUACAACGGAUAAUUUACUUACAUUUGCUGCUUACGCGAAUUAUUUUGACGAAAAUAAAUGGAAGAAAGAUAGUGGAUCUAUUGUUGCUGUGUCUUACUUUCUACUAUUCCUUUUCUUACGUUAUCUGCGAUUGCAUUACUUUUUUGCUGAAACCCAAACAAAUUUUCCCAAAUUUUCCCAAUUUUUUACAAAUAAUCCAUGGCAAGGUCGACUUGCAUUGCCUCAACCGUAUCAGUGA